AUGGAGAAACAAGACCUUAGGAGGUCACUGUCACUUAAGCUGAGAGACAAGAUCUUGCCUCAUGUCACCAAAGAGCUGCAUGCCAUGAGUAGGAAUUUACAGUAUGCCAUACAUAGGGGGCCCAACAACGCUGCUGAGAUUCAAGGCACUACAAAGGAACUGAAAACCUGGAGGCAUACUGUCGACCUUGAUAAUAGAUCAUGCAGCUGUCAAAGGUGGCAGAUUACUGGAUUGCCAUGUACUCAUGCUCUCUGCUUCAUCCAUUCCAUGCGCAACAGAAGUGUGGAAGACUACAUAGAUGACUAUUAUUCGGUUGAUAAGUUCAAGAAAGCAUAUGAACAUGUGAUAAGUCCCAUGACAGAUAGGAACCAGUGGCCUGAUGUGGACUUGGGUUUCAAACUUUGGCCUCCAAGGUUCAAGAGAGCAGCAGGUCGGCCCAGAUCAAGAAGGAUAAAAGGUUCUGAAGAAGGUGGCAAGCAAAAAAGCCAGCGCCAGUGCAAGAGGUGUGGAGGGUUUGGUCACAUGAUGAAGACCUGUAAUGAAACUAUUUAUGACUCUGAUGCACCACCACCAGCACCACCAAAGCCCAAGAGAGCAAAGAAAAAGAAAAGCACUGCCACAACAACUGUCUCUACCCAGCAAUCAUAG